GGUAGGUGGUGAUCAGUUAACACGGAUAAGACUGCAGGAAGCUAAAAACUUGCGUACAUUAUCAGUAACACCAGAGAAACGAUGUGAAGACUUGUACCCAAUAGUUUGUGAACUAUGGCACAGCAAGCAGGACUUUUUGGAAAAAUGCUACAAACGAUUCUACAAUUCUAAAAACACUCCAGGAACACUCAAUUUCUUCAAACGGUAUUACACAGGUCAAAUGUAAAUGAAACAGUGAAAGGAAAAUUUAGACCUCAUCAUGAUUUCCUCAUGCUUGUGGGUGAGGCUCUUAUUAAGGAGCAAUUCAUGGAAUAUUUGAAGAUGAAAGAGAAUGAGAGCAAACCAGAAAUUGACCUUCUGACAUGCACAGAGGAGAAAACAGAUGAUGAGAUAAAGGAACAACUCUUCGGUUUAAUUGGUGAUUUUAUUGAGCAUUAUGGAUACUGCAAAGUUGACACUGAACAUUGUAAACCAAGAGAUCUGCUAGGUGAUCAGUAUUACAAACUUUGUAAUCUGGACAGUGAAAUAGUUUUGGUUCCGUUUACAACAGAAAAAGAAGAUGAUGUGCUUUUUAACUAUUCCCUGCAACUUUGCCAUUGGUACUUGCAUUUGCUUGAAAUGAAUGACACUGCCAAAGAGGGUGACUUGAACAGGGUAAUCUUGAAUUGCCAGUAUUCACUACCAUUCUUCUUUUCACAUUCGGCUCUAAGUAAGUACAUGGUAGAAAACAUCGACUACAUAUUGAAGUGUCAGCACUUUUUGUCUCCCCUUCAAAGGAUUAGAGUUUUGGAAGGGUCAUUUACCAAUUGUCGUGGUGAAAUUGGAAAAAAUGUUGAAAGUGACUUGGUACAAGAGCAUAGUGUUUGUCACCAAAAGCAGUUAAUUAAGUCACUUGGUGCAAAUAAAACUGAGCAAUCCAUAUCUCGGGUAACAAGAUCAGCUGAUGCAAUAAAUGAAAUAUGUACUAACUUUGAUAACAGCAUUCUUUUAAAACCAAAAAGUGGGAGACAUGCGAAAGUAGUCACAGAGGCCGACCAAACACGCAUGUACAAAGAACUUAGAAAGUUGAGGCCAUUUCAUCAUACCCCUGGCAGAGCAUGUGAUGGUUUCAAUAAAAUUGGACAUGUACCAUUAAAAUGUAAUGAUUUCCCGAAACUGAACCUCAGAAUUGAUCAAGUAGUGAAACGUCUGACCAGGGGAUUCACAAUUGAGUUGGAAGAUGAAGAUGAUGUUGAGGACAAUGACAAUUUAGAAAAUUUGCCAGCAAUAUGAUUCAAAAUGUGAUAGAACAUAUGAAAGUAUGAUAAUUGACAGCAUAUUUAUACCCUGGCAUAUGAAGUUGGGGGGGGGGGAUAUACUGGAAUCACCUUGUCUGUAUGUCCAUAGACAUCAUUUGUCUAGAGGAUAUCUUUAACACCAAUGAACAGAUUUCAUUAAAACAUUAUGUAUAUCUUAUAUAAAUAAUGAAUUUGUGCACCUGCUAUUAUGAUUGAGAUAUUUUAAUAUUCAAGGAAGUUAUGGAUAUUUUUCUUCCAUUGUUCUCAAUGUCCAUAGCAUAUUUAACAAGAGGCCCAUGGGCCACAUCAAUCACCUGAGCUCAUAUUUAAAGAUGUUUCCUAUAUAUUCGCAUGUAAAACUUGAGAAGGUUUUUAAAGAUUUUCUCUAUAUAUUUCUAUGUUAAACUUUGAUCCCCUAUUGUGGCCCCAUCAUACCCCCUGGGGCCAUGACUUUAACAAACUUGAGUCUGCACUAUGUCAGGAAGUUUUCGUGAAAAUACCAGCUUUUCUGGCCCAGUGGUUAUGCAGAAGUCCAAAAUGUAAAAAGUUUACAGAGAGACAGACGGACAACAGGCGAUCAGAAAAGCUCAUUUGAGCUUUCAGCUCAGGUGUUUUUUCAACUUCAUUAACUUGGUCAUUUUCUUAUAGUUUUUGUAAUGAUUUGAUCUUUCAGAGACUACUGGGAUAUUUUAGGAGAGGGUAUAAUGGAAUCAUCAGUCCAUUGUCUGUCCAUCUGUCAAUGGAUGAUUUUGGGAAUAAAAGAUGUGUUGUUUUCUGGCUCAUGUAACUGAAUAGUAGUUAUUCCUGUAAUAUUAUUCAGGAAUUACAUUAAGCAUAUCUUCAAUAUUCUGAGUAACACACAACUGCAGAAUAUCUCAACAAUCUUCAUGUCAAAAGGAUGUGUUUAUUCUUCAAUGAGCACAAAUUCACUAUUUCCCACCAUCCAAUGUGCCCUGUGGGGAGUAUUUGUCCUGCUAGGACAGUUUUAGCUUGUAUUUCACCUACUAUUUCUAUAAACGCCUGUGACAAAUCAUGAAUAUGAAUAAACAUGUCCUUUUAGUAUUGAGACUU